CGUAUUGAGUAUGCACACUACAGAUGCGUUUCCAAAACCCUAAUCUGAGUCUUUGUAAACCUCAGAGAGUUGGCUUGAAGCAGCGAGAGCAGGACGUUCUGAAGAUUUGGUUGCGAUAAGAUUUCAGAUAAUCACAUUCGAAACUAUGCCUCGUCUUCGUAAUAAGAAGAAGGUGCCGUAUAUUAGGCCGGUUGUGAAGAAGCAGGCCAGUGUAAACCAUGUAACCGGCGAUAAGAUCCCAAAGAGCUUUGUGUUUUCACGAGGCAAGUUGCCUGGCCCGCUCAAGCAACUUGAGAUGGAUUUGCGAAAGUUGAUGCUACCGUACACUGCUCUGAAACUUAAGGAGAAGAAGCGGAAUAAUGUGAAAGAUUUUCUGAAGGUUGCAGGGCCAAUGGGUGUUACACACUUCCUCAUAUUGUCAAAAACUGAAAGUGCACCCUAUCUGAGGGUUGCAAGGACCCCACAAGGCCCUACUCUUACAUUUAAAAUACAUGAGUACUCAUUGUCAGCGGAUGUUGCUAAAUCUCAGUUGCGCCCAAGAUGUCCUCAAGAUCUCUUCAGAAAUGCUCCUUUGAUUGUUCUUUCUGGUUUUGGGAGUGGAGAACAACAUAUGAAGUCCACAACUGUUAUGUUUCAGAAUAUCUUUCCAGCCAUUGAUAUUAGUACUGUCAAACUUUCAUCUUGCCAGAGGAUUGUCUUGCUUAAUUACAAUAAGGACACAAAACUUAUUGAUUUCCGGCAUUAUUCAAUCAGACUGCAGCCUGUAGGAGUCUCCCGAAGAAUUAGGAAGUUUGUGCAGAAUCAUCAAGCCCCUGACCUCAGGAGUCUGAAGGACGUGAGUGACUUUGUUACUAAGGCUGGGUAUGGAUCCGAAAGUGAAGUAGAUGAAGAAGCAGCAACAGUGACUCUUGCCAGUGAUCUUGGUAGAGUUAACCGUGCUUCUACCAAAAGUGCCAUCAAGCUUCAAGAGAUUGGACCAAGGAUGACUCUUCAACUCACAAAGGUGGAGGAAGGAUUGUGUUCUGGUGGAAUUCUCUUCAGCGAAUAUGGUGGCUCUGGUAGUAGCGAGAAGGACAAGCGACAGGACAAUCAUGAAAACCUUGAAGAGGAAGAGGACGACGAGGAAGAUGAAGAUGAAGAUCUUGAAGAACAGGAGAAUGAUGUUUGAGGAAGAUUAAUUACCGAAUAAUUAGGGAAAGCGGAAUGUAGAAUCUUCACCUAAGCAACAUGAGAUUAGUCAAGAUGGUCAUAGAUGACUAAAGCUCUUGGAAUGUAAUCCUGAAUUUUGUUUUGAUUGAUGGGGCCUAAAUGUGCAUAAAUUUUUGCUACCCUAAAAAUAAUCUUAUGCAGUGAGUGAACUAGUGUUUCUCCA